CUCAUCAACUCACAAACUCAUAUACAUCACCACUACCUUCUGAUCAAAACUCUAUUAGUCUCUUUGUUUUGUUGCUUAUACGUUAUAGAAAUGGCGUCUUUGAAGCUUGUUUACUUGUUACUGUUGGCUGUUACGUUCGUGUGUCUAGAAGCGAGGACGGACCAAACGGAAGACUAUACCACGUUUCAGUACCACAAAGGAGCUCUCCUUACCGGAGAUGUUACAAUCAAUCUAAUCUGGUAUGGUAAGUUCAAACCGUCUCAACGCGCAAUCGUCACGGAUUUCGUCGCUUCUUUAUCAUCUUCCCGGAGAUCUUCUAUGGUUCAAAACCCUUCGGUUGCGACCUGGUGGAAGACGGUGGAGAAGUAUUACCACGUUAGCAAGACGGUCAAGACGACGCGUGGACUCACUCUCUCCCUCGGAGAACAUAUCAUCGACGAAGGAUACACAAUGGGAAAAUCCUUAACAGAGCGAAACCUCAAAGCCUUGGCCGCGAAAGGCGGCCAAAGCUAUGCGGUCAACGUAGUCUUGACCUCAUCUGACGUGACGGUCCAAGGCUUUUGCAUGAACCGAUGCGGAUCACACGGGACUAGUUCCGGGUCAGGCAAGAAAGGGUCAAGAUUCGCUUACAUUUGGGUAGGGAACUCAGAGACACAAUGUCCAGGAAAAUGCGCGUGGCCAUUCCACGCGCCAGUUUACGGACCACAAAGCCCACCACUCGUUGCACCAAACAACGAUGUGGGCUUAGAUGGGAUGGUUAUUAACUUAGCAAGUCUCUUGGCUGGAACCGCAACGAACCCGUUCGGAGAUGGGUAUUACCAAGGCCCUAAAACAGCACCACUUGAGGCUGGUUCGGCUUGUACUGGAGUAUAUGGGAAAGGCUCGUAUCCUGGUUACGCUGGAGAGUUGCUUGUGGAUGGAACGACCGGUGCGAGUUAUAACGCUAAGGGAUUGAAUGGGAGAAAAUAUUUGCUUCCGGCUUUGUAUGAUCUCAAAACAUCUUCUUGCUCGACUCUGUUUUGAACAAUCUAUUAGUAGUAUACAUUAGAUGAUUAUUUUAUUUUAUACAUUACAUAUUCUUUUGGUCAUUAUAUUAUCUUAAUUAUUCUUUUUGUAACACGAAUUAGUAAUGGGAUCAUUUGCUAUUAUUAACUA